GAUUUAUUGAUUGAUACAUCUCUUUCCAUAAAUAUCACAGUACUGUUAAUUUAUCUAUUCAAUAUUUAUUGAUCUAGUGGUCAUCUAAUACCUGUUUUACGUGUACAUAUCAAUAAUCAAUAAUUCACCUACGUGUUUCUCCAAUCAUCAACUUUAACUUCAACUCCACUUCACUUGUCACCCGAAAGUUCGUGUGAGAAAGUCUUACUCCGACGACAACAACAACAACAACAGCAGCAGCAGCAGCAGCAACAACAACAUGGCGAAUGGGUCAGACACCGAAGCAUCAGAUAACGAGGGUUAUCUGUCAGACGAAUCAGACUUCUACGGUAAUCCCGAGACCAAAGCUGCUUUCGAAGAUCGUGCUGCAGACUUCGACGAUACAGCAUAUUGGAAAAGUCAUCAACCGACUUUGACCGAAAAAGCAGAUGCAAACGUUGCCCAAGCUCUCGCAAAUCCAGAGUCCAAAGCGACUUUGUAUAAUCCGUAUGCAGGUCAAGCAUGUGCAUGGCAACUUGAUGAGAGUAUUGAGAGUUUCUUGCAACGAUUACCGCCAAGAACUACUGAAAUUACUCCAUCAACUCCUUGGAUAUUCGUUACCAAUCCUUUUCGAAAGGCUCCAAAGGGUAUUGCGGUAAAUGACGAAGCUCCUCCUGGUGAAAAUACCGACUGGGCGAGAUGUGUAACCGAGGGGAAUCGUUUACUUGAUGAGCUGAUUACUCUUCGGAAUACCAUCGAGAAGGAAAACUCGAAAAAGCCUACAAUUGCAAUCGAUCGGAUGGUAAAUAAAGAGAAAGAAGUCAUUGUCCAGAAAAUUCUAGAUACAGCUAUUGACUGUGGAUGUACUAGUGGGAAGUGGAUGAUAUUCUGUCCUCCCUCCGAAGUAGAUGAAAUCUGGGCCGCGAUUGCCAAAGCCACAUCAACCAAUUCUCUCGGCAUAUCCGCUAAAGUAGCACCCAACGAUGGGAACGGUCUACUACAAAAAUCUCGACUCAUAUGUAUCUACACCGAAAACUUCUCAGACAAGAUGGAUGUAUAUCGAGUCUUGAAAGCUAUUCGAGAAUUGGGAUUUGUUGACAGAACUCUAAGGGGGGCGAUUUAUUAUAAAGCCGAUGUAUACACCUACCUAGAACUCACCUCCAACAAUCCCUACGACAUCAAAGCCUCUCUCUACAACUCCUUUGAAUUUUUCAAAACCCCUCCCCUUCCCCCUUCAACAGCAGCAGGACUGCGAUCUCGCACAGUCAAAAAGGAAAAUGGAAAGGUAGAUACAUUUUUUCGCAAAAUCAAGAAGGAACCAAGUGAUUUGGCUAUGCAUCAAGUUAAUUAUGAAUGAGAUGUCGGAUUCGUUAGGAAGUUGAGGGGAGAGAAGGGAGGGUCUGGCUUGAGAAUAAAUAUGAGGGUUUGUGGCAAGAGAAUAUGCAUGGGGCCAGCGCUCUCGGGAUUUGGAAAUGUGAUGAGAUUAAUGACAAUAACAAUGACAAUAACAAUACCCUCCACGAAACCCUUUCCCAACGUGACAUUUACAAAGACUAUCUGCAGCGAACGAACUCGAAAUCGAGAAUGUUUUCUGACAGAGCAGAGGGGGUCUGGUAACUGAUUUACAGAGUCGCUAGAAUUGUAGCUUAGGGUAACUACUCUAGGAAAUAAGCAGCAUGGGUUUUUAUCAAAAACACAUUUUCGAUGAAGUCUGAGCGAAUGAUUGUAUGUCA